GCCGCUUCGGCUCGAGGGCGGGCCGCAGAGCCGUCCCGCGGCCUCCACCGUAUUGUGAGGGCGGGCCGCCUGCCCUCCAGAUGGCCUGCCCGUGCGGCCGGGGCGCCGCUGGCGAGCCGGGCGAGCCGCCGCCGGCCACCGCGGAGGUGGAGCUCCGCGUCGCGGUCGUCGGCGCUGGGCCCGGCGGGCUCGCGCUGGCCAACUACCUGGCGCGCGGGCGGAGCGCCGGCAUCAGGGCAAGCUACUCCUCACGGUCUUCGAGCGGCGCCCAGCGCCGGCGGGGCCGGACGGCGGGGCGCUGCUGCUGAGGGGCGAGGCCCUGGAGGUGCUCGACGAGCUGGGGCUCGGCGGGCUGCUCCGCUCGGCGGCGGGGCUCGCUGCGUGGGACCCGGAGGGCACGCCCGUCCCGCCCGUCAUGCGGGACGCGCUGGUGGAGCUCGGUUGCUGGGGCGCCUCAAGGAGCAGCCGGGCGUAGUUGAGGUCAAGACGAAUACCGAGGUGGUGGAUGUCAGGGAGACCGCAGACUCUGUCGUGCUGGAGUACCGGCCGCUCCUCGUCCUGAGCGGCGGCACGACUUGGGUCAAGAACACCACUCGCUCGGGGGAGCACGCCACAUUCGACAUGGUCGUCGGCGCCGACGGCAAUGCGCCAUCGUCCGCAGUGGCCAGGAGCAUCGUGGGCCAGGGCUGCCAGGCGGAACCCCUGCCGCUGCUGAUGAUGCAGGCCGCACUGCCUCGCGAGGCGCCGUGCCAGGGGUGCCAGGAGGAGCUGAGCGUGGAGGGGGCCGUUGGCGCCCGGGUGGAGGUCGCCCCCGCCAUCGGCCUGGCCAGCGGCAGCCUCGGCGCCGGCACGGCCGCCCAGCUGCAGUGGUGGAGCGUGUGCAGCCUCACGGCGCGGCUGAGGGAGCCGGCCAUGCGCAGCUUCCCGAAGCCCGACGCCUGGGGCUCGACCCUGUCGGGUUACCUCCUGCGCGCCACGGGGAUGGCCUGCGCGCUGCCGCGGGCGAGCUGGUCGACGAUGUGGCCCGGGCGCGCGACCCGUCGCUGGGGCGCCUCCACGCCUGGCUGCCCUUCCACAAGGACGACCUGGGCCACUGGCGGACGACCUCCGGCAGGACGCUGGUGCUGGGCGACGCGGCCCACCUGA